CCAUUGUGACGUCACGGUCAGCCCACGCCGGGGUUGAAGCUGCCGGGCGCUUUCCUCUUGCAUCGCGGCAGCCGCUCGCUCCUCUUCCCGCGCCCGCUUGCACAUCCUCCUGCUCGCGCGCUCCUGCUGCCGCCCGGUGCUCCCCGCCGCCGCUCGGGCCGAGCGAGAGGUUUUAAAAUGGAGCAUUUCGAUGCAUCAGUCAGUACCUAUUUCAAGGCAUUACUGGGCCCCCGAGAUACAAGAGUGAAAGGAUGGUUUCUUCUGGACAAUUAUAUACCCACAUUUGUCUGCUCUGUCAUUUAUUUACUAAUUGUAUGGCUGGGGCCAAAGUACAUGAAGAAUAAGCAACCAUUCUCUUGCCGGGGGAUCCUAGUGGUGUAUAACCUUGGACUCACCUUGCUGUCUCUCUAUAUGUUCUAUGAGUUGGUGACAGGUGUGUGGGAAGGCAAAUACAACUUCUUCUGUCAGGGAACACGCAGCGCAGGAGAAUCAGACAUGAAGAUCAUCCGCGUCCUCUGGUGGUACUACUUCUCCAAACUCAUAGAAUUCAUGGACACCUUCUUCUUCAUCCUUCGCAAGAACAACCACCAGAUCACAGUCCUACAUGUCUACCACCACGCCUCCAUGUUGAAUAUCUGGUGGUUUGUGAUGAACUGGGUGCCCUGCGGCCACUCUUACUUUGGUGCGACACUCAACAGCUUCAUCCAUGUCCUCAUGUACUCGUACUAUGGUCUGUCCUCUGUCCCGUCCAUGCGUCCCUACCUCUGGUGGAAGAAGUACAUCACCCAGGGGCAGCUGAUCCAGUUUGUACUGACAAUCAUCCAAACAAGCUGUGGAGUCAUCUGGCCAUGUACCUUCCCCCUCGGAUGGUUGUAUUUCCAGAUUGGAUAUAUGAUUUCCCUGAUUGCCCUCUUCACAAACUUCUACAUUCAGACCUACAACAAGAAAGGGGCCUCUCGGAGGAAAGAGCACCCGAAGGGCCACCAGAACGGGUCCACGACUGCAGUCAACGGCCACACCAACAGCUUCCCUUCCCUGGAAAACAGUGUGAAGCAGAGGAAGCAGAGGAAGGAUUGACAAGGCGGAGGAGACCCCUGCAGACCACGGCGUGUGAUUGUAAGCACAGUAUGAGUUGUGCCCUGACGCUCGUAA